UUUUAUUUUUUUGUAGAAGAGAAGGUGGUGCUCCUGGUGCCCUCCAUUUCCUUCCCACCCCCAUCCCUCUUCUUCUCCCUCUCUCUCCAUCUCUCUUUCUCCUCCAUCUCUCUCCGUCUCUGUGUCUUCAAUCAUGUUCGCGUCGUUUUAAUCUCUCCAAACCCAGUUUCUACAAACCAAGCUUGAGAGCUUGAUUGAUUGUAAAUCUUUUUUUUUUUUUUUGGUGAAUCAUGAGGAGAGGGAGAGGACCGGCGGCUAAUAAAUUGGCGGCGGCGGCGGCGGCCGCGGCUACAGGAGGAUUGGAGAUGACGAAUAUAGGCAAAGAGCCACGGUACAGGGGCGUGAGGAAGAGACCGUGGGGAAGAUUCGCCGCCGAGAUCAGAGACCCAUGGAAGAAGACUCGGGUCUGGCUCGGCACGUUCGACUCAGCCGAGGAUGCCGCGCGAGCCUACGACGCAGCGGCCCGGACCCUCCGGGGCCCCAAGGCCAAGACCAACUUCCCCUCCUCCAACUCCGUGUAUUUUUCGCCGCUAAAUCCGAACCAAAACGGUGCGUUUAUGGACCACAAUCAUCACCACCGGUUGUACGCGAUGGACGAUGGGUUUCAGGCGCACCAGAUUAUGGACCCCCAGAGGCCGACCUCCAGCAGCAUGAGCAGCACGGUGGAGUCGUUCAGCGGGCCUAGGGCGCCGCCGCGUCCCACGCCGCCUCAUCCGCAGCACGCCGCGCCGGGUCUCUCGACGCGGAAACGGCACCCUAGGCCUCCCCCGGUGGUCCCCGAGGACUGCCACAGCGACUGCGACUCGUCGUCUUCGGUCGUCGACGACGACGGUGACAUCGCGUCAUCCUCUCGCCGGAAGCCUCCCCUGCCGUUCGAUCUGAAUUUUCCACCGUUGGAUGGCGUUGACCUUGCGGGUGAUGAUCUCCAGUGCACCGCUUUGUGUCUCUAAUUAUUACCAUGAUGAAUAUGAUUAUGAUUAUGAUGGUGAUGAUGAUCAAUGAUUUUUACUUUAAUUUUUGUUC